AUGCUGUCACUUCCGAACGAAGUUAUCGUAUGCAUCGCAGAGCAAUUGUCUGCCGAAUCUUAUACGCCGAGAGAGAAACUCAAAGAUUGGCAGGCUGCUGUCACAACCCUCUCUAACCUAUGUCUGGCAUCAAGAUCCAUGUGCAGAUUCGCUCAGCCUGUACUACACCGUUGUUUCUCCAGGACAUACGAUAUCAGCUCAAAUAGCGAGGUCAACAGGCUUGACCCGAAGAUGAUACAACCUAGGCGGCUGAAGCAGUUGCUGCGCACCUUGCUAGAUCGGCCAGACCUUGCAAGUCAAAUGCGUUCCAUUCGGCUGCUGACUUUCCUUCCAUCCAUCCAGCCCGAUUCAGAGGAUGAAACCGGCCACAACUCAGGAGUCGAUCAUGGCAUUGUCUACCGGGACGACGACCUUCUGGACGCUCUUGUAGCCGCAAGUUACAAGAUAGCUCGCCCGGACCCUCAAUCCGAAAAUUGUAAAUGGCACGACGACUGGCGUCACAAUCUUGCAAUGGGUACGGAUAAUGCGGAGCUUGCUUUGUUAUUGACAUUGGUGCCCAAUCUCAGGGUACUGGAUCUUGAAACACCUCACACAACCUUUGGUCAGGACUUGCAUAGCCUGUUCGGGCAAGUUCUCGGCAACGUUUCUUUCGUGUCAGAUGGGCGGCUGCCUCCCAGUCGCGUACCCAGCUAUCGAUACCAUGCGGCCCAGCACUCGCACUCCUCAUCGAUACUUCCACGAUUAGAGAAGAUAACCCUACGGCAUGGAACAGGAGCUCCCAUAGUAGACAUUUCACAGUGUCUGAGCAUGAUUACUAUACCCACGCUUACUUCCUGCUCUCUUAACGGAUGUUGGUAUGAUCUCGACCCAGAUUAUGCGCAUCCACAUGUCCCUUUGCACAAUUUGAGAGAUUUACACCUUGAAAACAUGCAGAUAGGAAGUUUUGGGUUGCGGUCUAUCAUGGAAGGCUGUAGCAAUCUGCGCUCCUUGGAGCUUCUCUAUUCGAAGUAUACAGAUGAGCUUGUUGAUGUCAGUCAAAGCUUCAUUGACGAAUUAGUAAAAGUUUCCGGUACACUCGAGCGGUUGCAAUUCAUCAUCCCCGGCAAAUCAUUCCGCAACCUACCCGACAACCUAUUCGAUCUUCGUCGAUUGACGAAGUUGAAGUCAUUGGAGAUGAACCAUCACCCCUUUUUUCCAAUCCCUGGAACGCACGACCCUGAGCCUACUCUCUCAGACUUACUUCCUGCCUCCAUCGAGAGUUUGAUUCUUCGCUGGUGCGAAGACGAUGUAAUAGCGCCUCUCUCACCUUUUGUGGACAAUCAAGGCUACAAAGACCUUCCCAAUCUCAGAUACAUCGAACUUGCUGGAAUUGGACAUUUCAUGAUGGUACCUGAGCGGUGGAGAAGUGAUCGCCCGGCAUGGUUCCCCGGGUUUAUGAUGCCCACACAUCCGAGAGAAGAAGAAGAAGAAGAAGAUGUAGGCCUUGAAGAAUGGACCGCUACCCAAGGUCGUUGUGAGCAAAUGUGUAAAGAAGCAGGCAUUGAGCUCAAGAUCUGGGCGGAAGCACAAAAACAAGAUAUGGAGGACCCUGACGAGCAGGGAGAGAACGACCACAUGGUUACCCGCUACGGAUGUCUGUUUGAAGAGGGUUCCCCUGCAGAGCUUAAUGAGGAGCUCAUCGAUAGUUUGCUCGACGAUGUACGGUCCUCUUUCAUUUAG